AUGUCACCCAAACUCCCAACCCUGGCACUCCAGCAAGCACUCGCAAUCCUUCGCGAUAUGGGCACAUCGCCUCUCGCUUUCGUGCUUGAUCUUCUAGCCGACUCAGCACUUCGUAUGCACAGCUCGGUCCGGGAGAUCUGCGAGCGUAGCAAUGAGCUACUGGAUGCACUGCAAGGGCACAUCGACAUAAAAGAGAAAAUGGAAGAUUGGGCUCACCGGGUUUCAAAGCGGCACUACACACUGGAAAUACUUGAAUUAGUCAAAAAAGAGAAUGGCUGGCACUUCGAUGCACUAAAGUCGAACCUCAAGAACCUGGAAGAGUUCGACGUUAGUAUAAUGGCUACAAAAUUUCGAGAAACGGCCCCGCAUCUGUGGGAUUUGACCGGGCAGCUCUUGAUUGCGGAUCCGGUGCGAGCCGCACGACGGCAACAAAGGGAACAGCAUCGUAAACGGCCGGAAUCACACCAGCAUAGACUAGACGACCCAUCGCAUGAAGAAGAGAGCGACGACGAGUAUGACGGUGUCUUCAGCGACGACCUCUUCAUUCCGGAGGAUCCCGAUGACCCAGAAAACAGCGAGCACGAUAUCGAUCAGGCUCAAAGCAGGAAAGACGCACUACUGGCCAUGAAACAAGUCGUCUGUAUUAGCGUGUUCAUGCGGUCGACGAAUCAAAAAUGUAACGCGCUCCAGAGCGCCGUCUCCAUAUUUCUACACUCUUGCAACACACCCGACACCGUAAUCCAGCUCCUAUCACGAUUUGGCAUCAGUACGGCACAAAAUGCUAUCAACACUGCCAUAACAAGCCUAUCAAACGAAAUCUCCACCACCAUUCAGAAGAUCGGGCGCGGAUUGAACAUGUCACUCGCCUAUGACAACAUCGACAUUGAAAUCAAGCAUGCCGUGCCGCAGGCAGAGAAACCUGCUGACAAUCUUGUACACCUAACCUCCGGAACAUUCAUUCCACUAUCUUAUGGAGUCAACGUGGAGGACCUACGUUGUUCCGAAGAUGUCUGGCGGAAGUCCCGGUACAAUCGAAGAGCCAUCGAGGCCAAAACGGCAGCUACGGCAGUCGACGUCUUCCAGCUUGCAGACCUACAUCCAGAUAGGGAAGACCAUCCAUCGGGUUUGUCACGGCGUUCUCGAUUCAACGCGUGGAAGUUUUUGUCCGACUUGGUGAAUUUCGGACCAGAAUAUUUUCGGCAGUUUGCUAGUCAGCUCGGUGAGCCGGAGGUAAUCAAGAAGAUCUGCGAGGAUGAUCAGAUCCAGCGGACGAAGCAAAUACCGCUCACCGCGACGAAGUUCCACCAAGGGCGAACGGAGGAGAACAUUGGUGCCGUCCAUAGUUUCAUGAAUCAAGGCGGCGUUGGUGAUGUGGCGAACCACUCCGGCCUACGAGAAAUCAGAGAAGAGUGCAUCAUUGGGCACGGCGAUUUGCUUACAGUAAGCCGGGUUCAAAGCAUCCAACUGUCUCGGUCACUCGAAGAUACGACACCGUGGCUUCGUCUUCAGUUCCUUGUCAUGGUGCCCGGCCUGUUCCAUUUGAAGAUGGCCUGUUGCGAUGCGAUAUGGCGCAUCUUCAUAUCUCCUACAAAAGGACAGCAAGAUGCGAACUCAUUAAUGAGUCACAUUGGUGUAAUUCGGCCAAAACAGACCGGAACGUUCGCAAGCAAGACUGGACCUGGAUUUCGGCGUAUGCAUGAGGUCGUGCAACAUGUCGGGACCGUAUUGAGGCUUGAUUGCUGGCGGUUGAAGGUCGCAGCCUCGUCGAACGGCACAUUGGCCACGCUGGAUGCAUACGCCGAGUCGAAGCCGCUGUGGGGUCGGAUUGUGUCCCUUGCGAUGCAGUUAGCUCGUGAGCAUGUCGCAAACGAGACAUUUGUUUACCUGCGGUCUCAAACAUCCGAACGACGUGACAAGGAGCUAGAGAACACGCUUCUGCGUCAGAAAUAUUUCUUGCUAUACGAGGAAAUGUCAUACGCCAUGAAUGCCGGGGAUAUAGGCCGCGUUGAGGACCUGUUCUUGCCAUGGGCCUACAUAUUCAAGGGUUGCGGAGGCACGGCCGAUGUUGAAACAGUAGUGACCGAGGGAUCCGACCCGUGGGUCGACGGAGAGCCUGACGGCGAAGUUCAGUUCCGCGAAGAAGACGUGAUGUUCGAGUAG